CUCCGAUCAACUGGUUCCCUUGUCCAUCACCAUGGAGCCGCACGAGUAUACCUACAUUUUCGCCAUUGGCACUUUGUUUGCCCUGCUGGACGCUUACAACAACGGCGCUAACGAUGUAGCAAACUCCUGGGCAACCAGCGUCUCGUCGAGAUCCGUCACCUACUGGCAGGCCAUGAUAUUCGGCACCGUGUUCGAGAUGGUCGGAGCAAUCGCCGUUGGGGCCAGAACAGCGGACACGAUCAAGAACGGAAUCAUCCCCAUCACAGCCUUCCGUGAAGACGCCGGCGUCCAGAUGCUCGCAUUCACCUGUGCUCUCGCAGCUGCCUCGUCGUGGGUUAUGUGGUGUACGAAGCAUUCCGCCCAUGUCUCGUCGACCUACUCGCUCAUCUCCGCCGUCGCUGGAGUCGGUGUCGCGACUGCAGGCGCUUCCAAGGUCCAGUGGGGAUGGAACAAUGGCAAGGGUCUCGGUGCUAUCUUUGCUGGUCUGGGAAUGGCGCCUGUCAUCUCCGGUGGCUUUGGUGCUAUCAUCUUCAUGCUUAUCAAGUUGGUCGUGCACAUGCGCAAGAAUCCCGUUCCCUGGGCUAUAUACACCUCGCCCUUCUUCUUCCUCAUUGCCGGUACCGUCUGCACGCUGUCCAUCGUCUACAAGGGCUCUCCCAGUCUGGGCCUGGCGAAGAAGCCCUCGUGGUACAUUGCGGCCGUCACCGUGAGUUGUGGUUGUGGUGUCGGUGCCCUGGCGGCUUUCUUCUUCGUUCCCUUCGUCCACGCUCGUGUCAUCAAGAAGGAUUACACGGUCAAGUGGUGGAUGAUCAUCUAUGGCCCUCUUCUCUUCUACCGUCCUCCACCGCCGGACGCAGAACUCGCCGUGGUUCCUGACUAUGCCGUUGUCCAGGGCGAGGAAGAGGAUCAGCCCUCGACCCGUGGAUCCGUCACCGAGUAUGAAGCCAACAGGACCAAGACCGACGACAACGAUCUGGCCAUCACCCCUUCUCCCAACGGGAAUGAAAAGAGCAUCGCCACCGCUGAGGCGUCACACCCUACCUACAAAGAGCUGAUGGCUCAGGGUCGGGAGAAAUUCCACGCUAAGCUGAGGAAGAAGCGCGGUCCUCUUGGCUGGGCCAUGCGUACCCUCCACGACAACCCCAUGGGACCUGGAGAGAUCUACGAGUUUCAGAACAUAAAGAUCCUAUGCAAGCGCAUUCCCGCUAUGAUUGUCGUCGGCGCUCUCUAUGGUAUGCACUACGACAUCCACGCUGCCCAGUCCGGCAUUUCUGGCACUCCAGAGGGAGCCCGAAUGCAGCGCGUCUACGCACAUGCGGAGAAGUAUCCCAAUGAAGUCGAGCAUACCUACUCGUUUGUCCAGGUUCUUACGGCCUGCACUGCGUCUUUCGCUCACGGUGCCAACGAUAUUGGCAACUCCGUCGGGCCAUGGGCUGUCAUCUACUCCGCCUGGUCGACGGGUGAUGCUGCAAAAUCCAAGGCCCCUGUUCCUAUUUGGCAACUUGCUGUUCUGGCUGGAGCGAUUUCCGUUGGUCUUAUUACCUACGGCUACAAUAUCAUGAAGGUCAUGGGCAACAAAAUCACCUACCACUCGCCUAGCAGAGGAUGCUCCAUGGAAAUGGGCGCCGCAAUCACGGUUCUCGUCUUCUCCCAGUACUCCCUCCCCGUGUCGACCUCGAUGUGCAUCACAGGCGCCACCGUGGGCGUGGGUCUCUGCAACGGUACGCUCAAAGCCGUCAAUUUCCAGCGUGUCUUCCUCUUGCUCCUUUCGUGGAUCAUGACGAUUCCUGUCGCUGGUACCCUGGGGGGGAUACUUAUGGGGUUGUUUUUGAAUGCUCCCCACUUUCCUAGCAUGUCUAAUUAGGGUACCUUUUCUCUUUCAUUAUGGGGUAGAUAUGAGGAGGUUAUUUAAUCAAUUGUCUCUACUACGCGUGCGAAAGUGGUACCUGUACCCCUGUACUAUUUACAUACAAGCAAUUUCCAUAAGUGUCCGAUGUCACCUACACAACUUCGAAAAAAGCCAUUACUCGCCG